CAGGCCUGGAAGGGCCGGGGCGGGGCUUGGGGCGGCACAGCUGCCCCCUCCCCUUCUCCCCACCGCGGUGGCAGUGGCGGCAGAGGAGCACGACACGCGCCGGCCCCGCUCGCGCCCCAGCCAAAGGCGAAGCUGCAGCCGGCGCCGGGCCGGGGCCAUGGGCGCCCCGCGCCGCCCGGGUCAUGAGGACGGAGGCGGAGGCAGCGGGGGCGCCGCUCGAGUCCGGGGAUUUUGUGCAGCUGCCCGUGCCCAUCAUCCAGCAGCUCUACCACUGGGACUGUGGCCUGGCCUGCUCCAGGAUGGUGCUGCGGUACCUGGGCCAGCUGGACGACAGUGAGUUCGAGAGUGCCCUGCAGGAGCUGCGGCUGACCAGGAGCAUUUGGACCAUCGACCUGGCCUAUCUGAUGCGCCACUUUGGCGUGAGGCACCGCUUCUGUACCCAGACCCUGGGCGUCGACAAGGGCUACAAAAACCAGUCCUUCUACAGGAAGCACUUUGACACAGAGGAGACCCGGGUGAACCAGCUGUUCGCACAAGCCAAAGCCUGCAAGGUGCUGGUAGAGAAACGCACUGUGAGCGUGCAAGACAUCCAGGAGCACCUGGCACAGGGCCACGUGGCCAUCGUGCUGGUGAACUCGGGGGUGCUGCACUGCGACCUCUGCUCCAGCCCCGUCAAGUACUGCUGCUUUGCCCCCAGUGGCCACCGCUGCUUCUGCCGCACCCCCGACUACCAGGGCCACUUCAUCGUGCUGCGUGGCUAUAACCGGGCCACUGGCUGCAUCUUCUACAACAACCCAGCCUACGCAGACCGAAUGUGCAGCACCAGCAUCAGUAACUUCGAGGAGGCCAGAACCAGCUACGGCACAGACGAGGACAUCCUCUUUGUCUACUUGGACAGCUGACAGCAGAAGCCUGGUGUGCCCAGGCCCUCAGAUCCCACCCUGCCCCGCCCCAGCUGGGCCCACUCAGGAGUCCCUGGCUCAGGCCCUGGGCUGUUGGGGCUCAGAUGUGGAACUGCAGCCUUGGCCCGUGUGACAGAGCCCUGGGGAACUCUAGGAGGCUGCGGCGUGCCUGCUUUGUCCGCCAGUGCUGAGUGUGUCAUCAUGCCACUUACCCUGGGCACCUGCUGGUUGCUGGAGGUGUCCCCGGAGCGUCUGAGCAGAGCUUCCCCCAGGACCCUGAGCCUGACUCCAACUGUGCCCAGGGGACAUUCCGCCUUACAGGUGCCCUUGUUGCCUGCCAGCCAGGGUUAGGGGAGAAGCCAAGCCUGUCUCCCCACAGACCUGGGGCCUGAGCCCUGGAGAGAGACGCCGCUCGUCAGGACAGCAUCUGUGUGUGUGUAUCUGAUCCCGGCCCCCAGGGCUGUGGACUGCUCCAGGCCUCGCUUGGAGCUGUCCUCACCCUUCUACCCUGGAAGUACUGCAGCGCCCCCAUGCCCUUUGGUGCCACCACCCCCUCCUGCCUCCCAGUGGACCCACAUUCCUGUGGCUGGUUGUGAGGCCUCCGGGGCCUAGGGAGGGCUGGACCUCAGGCAGAAAGCAGCCCUCCAGGUACCCUAGCCACGUAGGAUGGAGGGUCAUCAGGGGAAUAAUGGGGCCCUGGCUCCUGCUGGCUGGCAGUGCUGAGUGUGCUCCAGGAAUACCUGACCCUAAGGGCCAAGAACGGCUGCCUGAGCCCCAGAGAUCCCCCCCCACCCACAAGGCCUCCUGACAGUAGCCUGAGUCCCGACAGCAGGGCCCAACCUCCGAGUGUGGGGACCCUGAGUCUCACAGGGCUGAGUGUGC